CGAGGAUAAGACAUUGCUCACAGCAGUACGAUGGGCUACAGAAGAUUGGCCUACUGAUCUGCAUUGACCGUUGAACUAUGUUCUCCACGUUGAGAUCCCCCGCACUAGCUAGGCGUUCAGGGCAAGUGGGAUGCAGCUAAUGACGCAUGCAAUGGCGGGAUGGUAUGGGGCGCCCCUGCAGGCAAGGCAGUUCGCAUCACGAUUACGGGCGGUGCAUCAGGGUUGUUGUUGCUCCUCAGGGGACGGGACGAGGUUGUUUUUGUUUUGGUCUCCCUUUCACUUUCCACAUUUGCCCUUUGACUUUCUUUCCCUUUCUACUGUGACGCGUUUGUUUGGUCCCGCUCUCUCUAUACCAUACCACUGCACUUUGAUCAACAACAACAACAACAUCCCCGCCUCUAACGUUUUAUCUAUAUCGAAAGUACAACUAGAAGCACAACUAUACUGCGAACAUUACACAAGCUCAGCGACUUCUACACAAUGACGCUUCGCGACAGCUACCAGAGGUUUCUGGAUAACCCGUCAGCGGGCGCCCUUGCAGAGAAUGCGUCGCUGCACUACAUCUCGACGCUCACCAGCAUCCAUAAUGCGGCAGGCAUCAUGAAGCACAUGUCUGCGCAGGAGAAGCUGCUGAAGAAGACGGGCCAGAAGAUUCUGAGCACAGUGGAAGGGCAACAAGGGUUGAGCGUCGACGUGGAGACGACAAUCGAGUUCAACACAGGCGGCGGCGCGUAUCUGCCUGGCCUGGAUGACAACUUCGUGGCAGACCGGAUCGUGACGUUCCCCAUGGUCCACAUGGUGCACUUCGACCAGGAUGGCAGGAUCGUGCAAAUCCGCCAGUACUGGGACCAGGGCUCGCUGCUCAAACAGAUAGAUGUCAUCGGCGCGCGCUCGCGCAACUGGCCCAUCCGCGACGGCAAGGAUCAGACCAAGCUCAUCGUGACCAGCUCGGCGACAGUCGACCAGCCUGGCUCGGCAACGUCUGCACGUGCGUCGACUGCUUCUCGAGGCGCCGACGAGGUCUCGGUGACUUCGCGUGGGCGAGCACCCGCAUCAAACAUCACAAAUGACCCACAUGCGUCUCUGUCGCUGUUCCAGCCUCGCGAGAUCAACGAGGACGUGCACAAUGCGCACCCAAUGGCACCGCGCGCGCUAUCGGCAAAACCUCCGCCGCGCGAGUACUCGGAGCUGUUUGCUGGCGAGAAUGACACGUCUUCCUCGCCUUCCACAGACAAGAUUCCUGUCAAAAUAGGAGGCGGCAAGAACUUUCAGAGCAACCGAUUAUUUAACGAUACUGAAGAAGACGAAACAAUGGCGACAUCAGGCAUCAAGACGAACGCAAACAAGUUCAACCACUUCAGCUUUGGCGACUCCGAUGAUGAGGAACCUCAGCAAAAGCAGUCGACCAACACCAAGGGUCGUUCUUCGAACGCUGGACAGGGACUGUACCAGGACCACGUAACUGGAAAUGCCGACGAUGCAGACGACGAUGACUACAACAACAACAGGCGACAGCCUUCCCAGAGAGCCCGCCAGGCCACGGACAGCCAUUUCGAAUUUGGCGAAGAGGCGCCCAAGACCACCCGCGGCAAUGGCAUCAACAUCGCCGGUAAUGGCAUGGGCAAUCGCGCAGGUACCCAGUUCUCGCUGUAUGACGAAGAAUCACCUGUGAGGAACGUCAACCUCGGUCGUCAGCAACAUGGCGAUGGAAUGGGUGGACGUAAAGACACCAGCACAUCGGAAGCUUCCACCACAACAAAGGGCAGCGGUAUCAAUAUUGCAGGCAAUGGCAUGGGAAAUCGUGCCGGCACACAAUUCUCGCUGUACGACGAAGAGUCCCCUGUAAAGAACGUCAACCUCGGUCGCCAGCAACACGGUGAUGGAAUGGGCGGACGCAAAGACACGACCACAUCGGAAGCCCCUACUACAUCCAAGGGUAGCGGUAUCAACAUUGCAGGCAACGGUAUGGGAAACCGCGCGGGUACCCAGUUCUCAUUAUACGAUGAAGAGACCCCCGUGAAGAAUGUUAACCUCGGCCGCCAGCAACGCGGUGACGGCAUGGGCGGGCGCAAAGACACAACAACGUCAGAAGCCUCCACAACCGCAAAGGGCAACGGCAUCAACAUUGCAGGCAACGGCAUGGGCAGCCGCGCUGGCACGCAAUUCUCCCUCUUCGACGAGGAGUCGCCCGUCAGGAACGUCAACCUCGGCCGCGAACAACAUGGCGACGGCAUGGGCGGUCGCAGGGGCGAGUCGUACUCGACAAACCAGUCUGCGAAGAAGGAGAACGUGCAGUCUGAGCGCGAACAGCAUGGCGAUGGCAUGGGUGGACGCAAAGACGGCAACCGUGGUAUCAACAUCGCUGGUAACGGCAUGGGUAACCGCGCCGGCACACAGUUCUCGCUCUAUGACGAAGAGUCGCCGAUCAAGAAGAAUGAGAACCUUGGACGGGCGCAGCAUGGUGAUGGUAUGGGUGGACGAAAGAAUGAGGAAUCGUUCUGGGACUACUAGAUUGAUGGGUUAUGAGUGUCGCUGUAGCGAUAUAUGCUCGGUACGAUAUGAUUGGGGGGUUUGAGCUUGUUGGAUUCAUGGCGGUUCAUAUUUCCUGUUUCUGACCUCUGGUCUUUGUGGAGUAGAAAACAAACUGGGCUCUCUUCGGAGAGGUUGGGAGUUGCUAGGCGAAAUGCUGUUUUACAACAUGCUGGCAUUGAUGCCUGGGUGUGCUCAUCUUUGUUAACAAGCAAUUUAUUGCUUUUUUUCCUUC